AUGGAUGAUCCUUGUCUUGAGAUCUGUCUCCCAAAAAUUAUUGAACCACAAGAAUGUGGGAGCGUACUAUUCUCCCUAUGUCCAAGUGUUCUAAUCCGAGUUUCUUGUAAUGUUAGGGUUCCGAUCAUAUUUGAGGGCGACUUAGCUCACAUUGCUGCUUCCCAUCUAAAAGAAAAUGAUCGUGUCUAUGUCGGCGGAAAGCUAAGUGCAAGUUUGCCUCACUUGAACGCUAACCAGGUUCAAGCCAGUGUUCAGGUUUUGGCGCAUUGCCUCAACUUUAUUGACGAAUCGGUUCAAACAGCAAAGAGCUCCGUGCUGUACAAACAAGAAAAAGCUACACGGAAUGUCUCUGAUCGUGUGAAUAAAGAUGAGUCGGACUUAAGUUCCUGGACUGACCUUCUUGAGAAUCCGAAACAGUGGUGGGAUAAUCGUGAUAAAAAGUGCAACCGAUCGGUGAGUCAAAAAUACCCUGAUUUCAUUCAUAAGGAUGAUCGUCGUGGAGUCUGGCUUAAUAGAGCACCACGAUCAGUCUUAAUUGAACUUGAAGGACUCCAGUUCGAUGUCCAAAUUAAAAACUCAACUGAAGUAGAACAGUUUAAAGGUGCAAAGAAAGAUGGGGACUCGGCAUCAUGGAGAGACCUUAUUGAUAAUUCCGAACAAUGGAAGGAUUAUCGUAAUAGCAAGCUCAAUGGGCUGGUUAAUCCAAGAUACCCUGAUUUCAAGCAUAAGGAUGGUAGCCUCGCACUCUGGCUAAGCAGCGCACCGCAGUGGGUUUCGUUACAGCUCGAGGGGCUGAAGUUUGACGGUGGAUUUAAAAAACCAAAAGCAGUAAAGGCCAAUAAAGACGAACUGUGGAAGGACUUGGUGGAACACCCGGAGAAGUGGUGGGACAAUCGACUGGGGAAGCUCAAGGAAAAUUCUCCCGACUUCAAGCACAAAGAAACUGGCGAAGGGCUAUGGCUCCGCAGUUCACCGACCUGGGUGCUUUCUAAGUUGCCGCCUCCAAAGAGUAAGCAAGAUUCAUCUUUCGGGAAGAGGGAUACGCUGUUGUCUUGAGCCAUACCGAGGAGAGAAUACUACUCGGUAACAAGAUCUAAAUGAAGCAUAUCACAACUUCAGUGUUUACUAGCAUUUUGGAAAAGAAUGUUUCCAGAUCCUGAAGUUCUGCUGAUGGUUCUUUACAGGCAGAUUAAGGAGAAAAGAGAUGCACCAUCUAUGUCAAUUUUUAGACAUUGAGGUGUUUGUGGAGUUCUGAUUCUUCAUGGUCCUUCCAUAUAGUGCACCACAUUACUAAUCCUUAAUUUGUCUGAGAAGCAGUGUAAUAGCGUUUGAUAAAUUAUGAGGAGGUUUAAUUGUUGUAGGUAGUUAAGAUGACGAAAAUAGACAUGAUAUGAAAUUUAAAUAUGUAUAAUUUUGUUUGUUAUUAAGAAA